AUGAAUACCCUGCGAGAUGGAUUAUACUGCCUCUAUCCGGGAACACCUCAGACCAUUCCCAUUUCAUUGUACUGCAAGAACGAUGUCAACGUUCCUGGCGGCUACAAGGAGUUUGUUGACCUUCUUCCAGGAAGUGUGAACACGAAUUACUGGCCUGGCCAAAGCAGCUAUACCAGGAAAGGCGGCACUUCGUUUACCAAGAUCAGAAUCGACACAACGAAUUUGAGGGUCAUUGGCAACGACUACACAUUUGCGGUUCUCUAUGGUUCAACCGGUGGCACAACAAAGCAUCCGUACGGCACUGGUGGAGGAUGCUCCCUUCAAGGGAAGCUACUCGGAUCAUUCCAUAUCGACCUAGUAGGAACGAAGUUCAAGGUCAAAGAAGGGACUACAUGGACGGUGGUGGGUUUUAACCAACGGAUGGGCACACUUUCGAUCACCAACAACUGGCAGCGUGUUCACAACAAAUGCGAUGGGUACUGUGGCAGCUGCUCUGCUAGUGGCGGCCUCUAUCUGCAGAUAUAUAAGCCUUGAGAUAGAAGGACGAUGAUAAUAGAUAGGAAAAGAACUCGUAACAUGAUACACAAUUACUUCCUCCCUGUUGUCAACGCUAUCUUAUAUAGGAACAGAUACAUACAGCUGAAUAAGGAACUGCACGCGAGUACGAGACUAACACCACUCAACGCGCAACGAGCUUUUUUACAGUCAUUUUGGCCACCAUCUGAAUUUUGAGAAGUUUAAAUUAAUUUUUGACAAUGGUGGCAUUGGAUAGACCUACCCCUUAUACCAUGGAUUUGACUCGAAAAUUGUCCCAUCAAGCAUGAUUGACAAGAUAUAGGCACUUCUGACUUUACGGCAUAUAUCACCGGCCAAGAAUUUAACUACGAUGCAGUUCAUUUCUGAUAGGGCCCCCUAAUCAGAUCAAGUGUCCAAAUGAGGGGAGAUAUUUUUGCAUUCAUGCAUGAUAGGACCCCUUAUUGCCCCCCGGACCAGUUGUAUAUUCAUUAUCUUUGUCCAAGUAAUAUAGUUCAUACUUUUCG